AAAACUUUGAACACUUGACGCGUUUAUAAUGUAAACACUUGUAUGUAAGUAAACACAUGACAUGUUUUCAUUUAAACACGUAACACUUUAUUACCAAUGAUGCGUUUAUCUUCUAAACACUAAGUGUUUAAGCAACGCCAAAUCCUUUAACGAAACGAUGCAAAUUGGUCAGCAUUGCAUAUCUUAAACAUGAUGUUUACAGUUGAUACACAUGAUAAACACUGGACAUGUUUUUAAUCUAAACAUAUACGCUAGUAAUUGUAAACACGUUCUAAUUUAAACACAAAGGUACAAAAAUACAAACCGUGAGUUAAACACCAAGUGUUUAUACAGUGACCCCGAGAUGGACUGUUGAGCAUGUCGUAUUAUAAACACAAUAUGUUUAGUUGCUAAACAUGAUAAAAACAUGACACGUUUUUAACCUAAUUAUUCUAGCCGGUGAACGUAUGCUCUGUGUUUUAAUAAUCACAUGAUAAUAAGCAUUAUAACCCGUUGCGUUUAACAUCGUGAAUGUUGUGAAUAAUCAUGGCCAAGAUACACACACCGUAUUCAAUUGCUGCAUUAUUAUGAACACAUAAUCCGCGGGUUUAAUGAAGGAGCUGACAAAGUUUGUUAACGGAAAUCAAUCCAUUGAAACAUGCGUUCAAUGUUAAAAGUUCAUUAUAGCGAAUGCAAAUGUUUAAAACAAGGCGAGGUUUAAUACCAUCUUGCGGCGCAACCAUCGCCCCUAACCGCCCCUGCCAUUCCAUAGAAGGCUGAUAUUAGCACACUGUAUUUAAGUUGUAACUAAACAUUUUAGAUCUGACAAAUAUUUGGCUUGCUUUGUUCGACAUGUUUGUAUUGUUUUAACGCUUGUCGGUUUAGAUAUUAAACGUGUCUAACAUACGCCUCAUUACGUAUUCAAAACUUUUGAACAUUGUUUGAAAUGCAUCUCAUGCUUCUUCUCAUUACAAUAACACGUUUUCAAGGCUGCUGAAAAUCCCGUUUAGGCUGCCUGAGUACACCUUAAUAAGCCAAGAUGAAAGAUUGGAAAGUUAAGUGUUCAGUAAUGGGUGAAUGACCUGUGUUUAAAGUAUACAAAUGUCGUGUUUACUAAAAGUACGAAAUGCUAAACACGGCAUUUAAACGGCGACGCUAACGCUGUACUCUUUUCUAAUAAUUUCCAGAAAGUUCCUGUGCUAUUCGCCCGCCAAAAAGUAUCAAUUAUUUUGCAUAAAUUAAGCGCACGCGCUAGCCUUCUGAUACGUGAUUGGCUGUGGAGCUGAGGCAGCGCGUGCGAACAACAUCACUGUGGCGCAUUGUACAUGUACAUGUAUACUUAUGGGUGAAUACACAUGUAUGUACGCACAUCCAUAUUGCGUGGUCGAUCUACACUAGCAGCUCACGCGACAAAUCAACACGAUACACAUCACACAAGCAGCUUCCAUCUGUGCAGAUUUAUAGCAGUAUCCAGCCUUUACACUUGUUGACACAGUUAAACAUUUUGAGAGAUCAUGCCAGUGUAUAAAAUUUGGAACUGUGACAGAAAUGUGCGCAAAAGUGUCGUAGCCAUCAGCAUUGAAGAGAUGAUCGUGAAAGUCAAAGCUAAGUUCAACCUUGGCAAUGAGUUUGACUCGCACCGAAUUGUGACUGAAGAUGAUGGCACAGAAAUUGAAGACGACGAGGUCUUACAGGAGCUGGGAGGUGGAACAACGUUCAUGCUACUGAACAAUGGUGAGAGCUGGAAACCUGCCACAAGCACAUCACCUCAAAACAAGAUACCAGAGCCAGCUGUGGAUGACGCAACUCCUCCAACCCCACAGUCACAGUGUUCACCUGAAGCUCAAGUGUCUUCUAGUCAUCGAGUAACCGAGUUUUCAUCUCUACCGGUGUUUAGCCCACGGGUGUUGGAGCAUCUACGGUCAGGGAAGGAGCACAUGGUGUGGAGAGAACUGAUAAGUGAGGCAGCUAACUACUACAUUGGCAAACAUCCACAGCUGAGUAGUACUUCUGAAUAUUGUGCCAUUGGUCGUAAAAUGUUCUGCACCUAUCCAUCCAUACAGCGGGAAGGAGAGCAUGAAUGGUCCUUUUUCACAAAGUGCCUCUCCCAAAGAAUAAGGCACAUUCGAUGGACAGACAGGAAGAGGACUCCAACCGAGAACAGAGGUGGUGGAACUGACAACUGUGCCCCUACUACCAAGAAACCUCGAGUAGUCCAUAUAUCCUGCACUUCAGAUGGAUCUUCAGAUUUAACAUCGGAAGAGUACGAGAAACACCUUUCUGAAAUUCAAGUCGAGUGGGCCAAGGGGCAGAGGAAGAAUGAUGCUCAUCUAAAUCUUCUGCUCUCAGAAUGUUUCAAGUCCAACCAGCAGUGGAUCAAAGGGCUUCCAGACUCAAAGAUUAAGCCAAUUUUGGAAAAGAUCCCAUGCUAUGAAGAUGGACAGAUGAUUAUUCUUGAGUUUCAGAGGAUUAUUGGGGAGAAGCAGUUCGGCAAACUUCAGGACAACACCAAGAUGUUUAUGGCUGCCGUCGAGGAGGCCUUGCGUUUGCCGCCAACAGAGGAACCUGAGAGAAUGGUUAAGAUCAUCGAACAGGUAGAGAAGGCAACAGCCUUUGACAAAGGGAAGGGUGUCAAAACAAAGAGAGUCAUCACCAUCAUAGAGGACAUUCCAGACAACGAGGUUGAAGUGGCCCUGAAAACUGGGGACAAGGAUCCGCCAAAGCUGGUAAUAAUCAAGAGGGAUGACAAGAUAACUGCAAUCUUCAUUGUUGGCGAUGGGGUCCACAUAUCUUGCAAGGGCAGUAUGGUGGCAAAUGCAGUGAUCACUUUGUUGGGAGUAUAUUAUGUUUUCAACCUUGACUACCCCAAAAUAUACUCUCAGAUCCUUGGAAUCCUUCAGACUCAUGUUGUUGGAGGACUUCCUUUCGAAGGCAAAAAAAGUGCCAAAUACCGCACGUUUAAUAACUCGCUUGUCAAAAAAAUGGCACAGAAACGGUGCAAACUUCAGGAACCUGAGAGAAUGGUUAAGAUCAUCGAACAGGUAGAGAAGGCAACAGCCUUUGACAAAGGGAAGGGUGUCAAAACAAAGAGAGUCAUCACCAUCACAGAGGACAUUCCAGACAACGAGGUUGAAGUGGCCCUGAAAACUGGGGACAAGGAUCCGCCAAAGCUGGUAAUAAUCAAGAGGGAUGACAAGAUAACUGCAAUCUUCAUUGUUGGCGAUGGGGUCCGCAUAUCUUGCAAGGGCAGUAUGGUGGCAAAUGCAGUGAUCACUUUGUUGGGAGUAUAUUAUGUUUUCAACCUUGACUACCCCAAAAUAUACUCUCAGAUCCUUGGAAUCCUUCAGACUCAUGUUGUUGGAGGACUUCCUUUCGAAGGCAAAAAAAGUGCCAAAUACCGCACGUUUAAUAACUCGCUUGUCAAAAAAAUGGCACAGAAACGGUGCAGUAGCGAGAACUGAGUC